CCUCUUCCCUGACUCAUGGGAGUGCUGUAUGUUCUCUGGCGCCUUUGGCUUCCCAGCAGGCAGCUGACUGAGGAGCCUUGGGGUCUGCCUAGCUCACUAGCUCUGAAGAAAAGGCUGACAGAUGCUAUGCAACAGGUGGUGGAUGUUGUCAGGGGCUCCAGCCUGCAUGAAAUCUCACACUCUGCAUGAGCUUUAGGCUAGGAAAGGAUGCUCCCAACUGGUGUCUCUGGGGUGACGCAAGGACAGCUGGGCCUGGAUACUCUCCCUGAGGCUCCUUUUUCCAGAAGACACUUGAGCUGUCUUAGGUGACGAGAAGCUCGCAGACUUGAUUAACAUGGACCAUUACCUCACUGUCAGACACUUUACAGUAGCCAAGGAGUUGGAAACCUUUAAUAUAUAUAUAUAAUGAUGUUAGCUGACCCCUUUCCUCCCACUCUAAAUGCUGAGACCCUGGGAACAUUUAAAGAGCUUGGCCUCUAGAUUCUUUGAGUCAGAGCCCUCUGGGCCCUCUCCUCUGAGGGAGGGACUUUCUUUCCUCACAAGGGAUUUUUUGUUUCAUUAUGCCUUUGUUAUGCAAUGGGCUCUACAGCACCCUUUCCCACAGGUCAGAAAUAUUUCCCCAAGACAUAGGGAAAUGGGUCCUAGCCUGGGGCUUGGGGAAAGCUUGGAGUCCUGGCUCGUGAACUUGAUCCCUGCCCACGUGUUUUCAGAGGGGCACUUGAGGCCCAAUCUUUUCUCAAGGCAGGCAUAAGACACCUCAGAGGGAGAACUGUACUGCUUUCUCUUCUCACCUGCUUCUCAUUUCAGUCAUUGACCGGCAAGUUUGAAGUUCCGAAACCAUGCAAAUCUGUCCUUCUUGUGCAACUCCAAGGAACUUGCUGGCUCUGCAGCCACCCUUGGGCCCCAGCCAGCCUGCCCUGAAUGAGAUCUCUUUCCCAGAAUCUGGGCCGUUCUGAAGUUUUGGGGAGAGCCAUUCUGGAUCCAGUGCUCCAGAAGGUGGACUUGCCUCUGGUGGGUUUUAAAGGAGCCCCCAGGAGAUAUGCUUAGCCAACCAUAAUGAAUCCAUCAUGGUUGCCUCAGCUGGACUUUGCAGCUCCAAGUGGAAUCCAGGUGCAGCCUCCAGUCUGAGAAAGUCACCCAACCUAGCAGUUGUCAUGUGGGUGACCACAGGCAUCUCUAGGCCUGUCUUGGAAGAAGGACCAGCAGCCCGUCCAGAACUCUGCCCAGGAUAGCAGGUCUAUGAAGGCCUAGACAUCAUCACCAACAAGGUUUCUGCCCGAGAGCAGAGAAUCUGCCGGCACCACAUGAUCAGCUUUGUGGAUCCUCUUGUGACCAAUUACACCGUGGUGGACUUCAGAAAUAGAGCAACUGCUCUGAUUGAAGAUAUAUUUGCCCGAGACAAAAUUCCUAUUGUUGUGGGAGGAACCAAUUAUUACAUUGAAUCUCUGCUCUGGAAAGUUCUUAUCAAUACCAAGCCGCAGGAGAUGGGCACUGAGGAAGUGAUUGACCGUAAAGUGGAGCUUGAAAAGGAGGAUGGUCUUGUACUUCACAAACGCCUAAGCCAAGUGGACCCAGAAAUGGCCGCCAAGCUGCAUCCACAUGACAAACGCAAAGUGGCCAGGAGCUUGCAAAUUUUUGAAGAAACAGGAAUCUCUCAUAGUGAAUUUCUCCAUCGUCAACAUGCAGAAGAAGGUGGUGGUCCCCUUGGAGGUCCUCUUAAGUUCUCUAACCCUUGCAUCCUCUGGCUUCAUGCUGACCAGGCAGUUCUAGAUGAGCGCUUGGAUAAGAGGGUGGAUGACAUGCUUGCUGCUGGGCUCUUGGAGGAACUAAGAGAUUUUCACAGACGCUAUAAUCAGGAGAAUGUCUCGGAAAAUAGCCAGGACUAUCAACAUGGUAUCUUCCAAUCAAUUGGCUUCAAGGAAUUUCACGAGUACCUGAUCACUGAGGGAAAAUGCACACUGGAGACUAGUAACCAGCUUCUAAAGAAAGGUAUUGAGGCUCUGAAACAAGUAACCAAGAGAUAUGCCCGGAAGCAAAACCGAUGGGUUAAAAACCGUUUUCUGAGCAGACCCGGUCCCAGUGUCCCCCCUGUCUAUGGCUUAGAGGUAUCUGAUGUCUCGAAGUGGGAAGAGUCUGUUCUCGAACCUGCUCUUGAAAUCGUGCAAAGUUUCAUCCAGGGCCACAAGCCUACAGCCGCUCCAAUAAAGAUGCCUUACAAUGAAGCUGAGAACAAGAGAAGUUAUCACAUGUGUAACAUCUGUGAUCGAAUCAUCAUUGGGGAUCGGGAAUGGGCAGCGCAUAUAAAAUCCAAAUCCCACUUGAACCAACUGAAGAAAAGAAGAAGAUUGGAUUCAGAUGCUGUCAGCACCAUGGAAAGUCAGAGUAUCUCCCCAGACCAUGACAAAGAACCUAAAGAGAAGGGAUCCCCAGGGCACAAUAAUCAAGAGUUGAAAUGCAGCAUUUAAGAGACUUGUCCGGUGGCCUUUGCAAAGGUGGCAGGGAUCCAGUUCAGGAGGGAGUGUUAUGUCUGUCUCCCAGUCUGGGCAGAGAGUGCUAUGUAGAAUUGUCUGCAUAGUAGAAAAGCUCCCACCAUUUUCUUUCAUUCAUUGGUGUGGUUUUAAAGUCUCAUGUUCUCUGUAAUGGAAACAGCAGGUCUUGUCAGCUCCUUGUGUGGCUGAUGUGUCUGGAAAUGAUGUAGUUCAGGAAAGCAUUUUUUUUUCUUUGAACCUUAAAGGUUCCAUUUUUAAUAAGGCACGGAUUCCACAUUUUGUAUGUGAGGAUCUUUUAGUGGUGAAUACCAGGAUUGACUAUAUCCCUUUAAAGAAGUUUUAUUAUGGCCAAAAUUAUCUAAUUUCCAGAUGCUUUUGUAGGUGACUGAAGUAUUUGUGAGCCACAUAUCAGGAGCUCUAGAUUUGAAUGAAUGGCAGGAAAGGACCAUCCCCACUGAGAUGAGUAAGUUAACCACUCUAGUUCUCAGAAUUCUACAGAAGACGGAAUCAGACUGAGGAAGCUAUGACGUGGGACUUGAAGACCAAAGAUUUUGAAAUUGGCGAGCUGCUCAUAUGUAAUAGUUAUUACUGCUGUCUUUCUGUUGAAUUACAAAUCUAUAUUUUUAUUGAAGGUUAAAUAAAGAAAAAAUUUACAAGA